AUGCCUCAAGAACUCCCAACUCAGGAGGCUAUUACCGCUGGUUCCUCAUUUGCAUUCUUCCCGAAGCUUGCCGAUGAGCUUCGCUUGAUGGUCUGGAAACAUGCUCUCUCAGAGCCGCGAAUCCUGGCGCCAAAUUGUGCGAGACAGGAUUGUACCAAUUCGAGACUGGUCAAAAUUGACGACCCUAUUCCAACGGCGCUUCUUCAUACUUGCUUCGAAUCUCGACAGCUUACUCGUGAUAUCUACUCCGAGAUAUAUCCAGGCGCAUAUAUGGACUUGAGCAGUGAUAGACUUCGGGUAUUUGGAGAGGAAUACAUGGAUUUUCAGUUCAAAUCCAAGUACGUGGAGCGGACAGUGGGAGAAUUCUGGUUGCCUCGAGUUCAACUUUUACAAUUCGGAGCCUUGCCCCCUCCUCUGCGCUAUGGUUACGAUAGGGAGGGUAUACCCUCACCGUACCAUUCAAGACUGUCCUGGGCUGCAUAUAUUGAAUACUUGGUUGAGAUUACGUUUUGGCGCAUGGAUGCUCUCAAACACAUUGCUAUUGAAGGCGAGAAUGUAGGUGCGAAUCCAUUGUAUGAAGGAAUAGAUGGACUUCGAGAGGGGAAGACCUCGGACCUCUCGGGCAUCGCAGAUGAAUUGUACAAGGCUCAUAUGGAGGAUGGAUCCACUGAAAAGGCUGAAGCCUUCAAACCGUAUGUUCGGAAAGCACUCUCUGGAAUUUUUGUCACCUUUAUUCGGGAUCCUGGUGUACAACAUUGGGUUCGACCCUCUGAGUCAUAUCGGGACGUAGAAGCUAAUGAACAAAAGCAGUGGAUUACUUUUUACUACUUGCGAACCCCUCUUGACCGUGCCAUAUGA